AUGUAUUAUGGCAACAUGUUAAUGUUGGGAGUGAAUGAUGCAGUCAUAUGUAGAGCUUCCUUCGCCACUUUGGCAGGAAAAGAGGCCGAGUGGUUCAGAAAGUUGGAACCUCGGUCGAUUGGAAACUUCAGCCAACUAGCUGACAAGUUUAUGAGGCGGUUUGUAGUAAGCAGAUCAAAAAAGAAGCCCUACACCUAUCUGAAUGGAGUCAAGCAAGACCUAGGGGAAGCCCUGCCCACUUUCUUGCACAAAUGGGAUUGUGAGAUCGACCAGGUAGAACCAAUGGAAGACCAGGCGGCAAUCCACGCUCUCCUCACGUCGCUCCGUUCUGGGCCGCUCUAUUACGACCUCGUCGUCCAUCCCCCCAAAACUUACGAAGAGGCGAUUACUCGGACUAGGCACCAUGUGGACGCUACAAAGACUAACAUGGCGAAGAGACGAGAAGAGCAACCGGUCAGUCAGGAUAGAGGUCACGACCCGAGGAGAGAUCGACAACGUUUUAAGCAACGUAGCCGACUAGAGCAUGGAUCGCGAUUCACCCCGUUAACUAAACCCCUAGUGCAAGUCUUGCAAUAUGCCGAGCAAUGUAACCUGGUGCAUUCACCCGACCUGGUACCUAAAGGACCAGACAAGAACAAGUAUUGUGCUUUUCACAAGACGAAAGGUUAUGACACGGCGGAGUGCAUAGCCCUACGCCCGGUUAUUGAGCAACUCAUUCAAAAUAGAGAUUUGGAGCAGUUCGUAAAGAGAGACGAACGGGACAAAGGAAAGUUCAAGAAGAACGUCUGGAAGAGGAACCCCAAGGAACAAUCGAAGGCACCCGGUCCGCACGGGUCAAAUGACGACAAGGCGGCUGGAAAGAAGCCAGAUACUCAUGUUAUCUAUGGAGGACCAGAAGGAGGAGAUUCUUCUCGCCGAAGAAAGCAAUGA